AUGGCUACGAGGAGCAGGAGGCCUGGCCAGGAGCCCCCAGGGAGCCGAGGUCACUCCCACAGAAAUUACAAAGGGAUGAGCCCCAAGGCACCCCUGCGCUUUGCAGAGAAAGGAGAAGAUCCAGGCUCCCGUGAAAGCCAGAGGAAGGACGGCAUCGUGGAGACCAGACAGGGCUCGUGGGGCACAGGAGGGACCAGGGUCAGACUUGGAGCCUCCUCUAGUCUCCUGGAGCCUAGAAUCCAGACCACUCACUCCUCUCCUCUCUCUCCACCCACAGCCAUCACCAGGCAGAGCCAGGUGGCCCAGGGCUCCAGGCACAAGCGAUGGAGAAGCCCGGAUGGCUCCCUUGACAAGCCCCACAGAGAAAAUGGACAGUGGGAGGAGCAGGGCAGGGGAGGACCAUGGCCAGCCCAAAGGAGGAGAGAGGAGCAGCAGGCUGACUGUGCUGGAGAAGGACGUCCUGGCAGAACAGGUGCUGCUGCCCACUCUCUGUGGCGCCUCAAGGGCAGGAGGACCCGGCCCAGAUCGCCAGUGAGGACCCCCCGCCGCAGACGGCGCCCGGACAGCCGCGAGGCCCGUCCCGCCUCCCCGAAGCGCCGCCGCCGCCACCUGGAGCCGGAGGCGCGCGAUCCCCUGGCGGCGGUGACCAGCAGACUCUGGCGCCGGGUGGGCGCGCUGGAGGUGGCGCUGGACGAGCUGCGGGCUCCGGGGGGAGCCUUCCUGCCUGGGCCCUCCCGCCGCACGCCACCCUCGGCCUCGCAGCGCGCCUGGCUCGCCUGGCAGCUGGCGCACGCGGGUGCGACCCUGCACUGGGCGGCCGCCCGGCUCUACGCCCUGCUGGCCGCGCAGCCCGAGCCUUAGGGGCGCACCGCGCGCUCGCCUCCCCGCCGGCCGUCCCUGCCGCGAGCGGGUCGGAUGGGGGCGCCCCUCGCCGGGACAGACGUCCCUGGCCGCCCGGUGCGCACCGGCACCCCCAGCUCGCCACCAGCCUGGCCCAGACCCGCGGGUGCGCGGAACGGGUUUCUGUCGGACAGCAGCUCCGCGGCCACCGGCCCCAGCUCAGGACACCGGCCAGGUGUCCCGAAGACACCCUGCGAGGGUGAGCCGUCAGAGUGAAACCCUUCUGUGCCUCUGGUGGCCUCCGAUCGCUGGAGGGACGGGAUUGGUGCUUUCUGGUCCCUCGGCGUAUCCCUGUUUUAGCCGAAAAAUAAAACACACGUGUCCUUUUUGGGGGGAGGGGAGCUGCUGGAGACCGGGUUUCUUGAGGACGAAGCUUGAGAAGCUUAAAC